AUGGGCGAAGAAUUGAAGCUUUUAAAGAAAACUGUAGAAGGCUUACAUCUUCAACAGCAGCAAUUAAGAAAUGAAAUUCUUCAAAGGGAUAAACUUAUACAUGAAAAUGGCUUUCUUGUUGCCAAUCAAGAUCCAAAUGAUGACCUUUUGCCGCCUAUACAACAUACUAGAGCUGGUUCAGAAAAUGGGACUGAUUCUAUUAAAACCAAAUUUGACCCUCUACUAAUUUCUUAUGUGACAUUAGCUGCUGUUGAAAAAGCUCUUCCCGGUACUUCUGCUGUCGACCAAAAAAUUCAAAGGAUUAACCGCAAACUUCGUCAACAAAUAGACGAUGCAGAAAAGGCUCUUUAUAAUCGUCGGCAACGACCUAGGGAAGACUAUAAUUCAACUGGGUCCAAUAGCAGUAGUGACGACAGUUUGCAUAAAGACGCAUUAAAGCAAGUCGCGGAAUUGAAGCUUAAAUUGCAAGAAAUGGAAAGGGAGAAAACCGCUUUAGAUGGAGCUUUUGGACGAUCCGAAACCCAACUGAAGAGGUUUAAGACUAUCGCGGAACAAUCAGAAAAGGAGUCGGAAGAAUUGCAAAAACAGAAUAGACAACUUAAAAAAGAGCUUCGCGACAAGGAACAAUUACUUGAAGAAAGUAAAGAAACUAACAACCAUUUGCAAUCCAGACUUGAAAAAAUGCGUAAUACAAGAAGGCCAAUAUAA